AUGUGUGGCUCGACUUUUCAGAAGGCAGAUUGUGGAACGAAUGCUUUGGGGUCCACCGGCUCUACAGGUAGCCCCGCACGCGAAGGCAUUUCGCAUGCUGCAUGCGGCUGCGUGCAUUUUCCGUCGUCUGAGGCGGACGCGACGACGUCUGGCCUUGGAUUAUUUACGACUGCAGCACUGGCGGGAUGGACAACAGAUGUUGCAGAUAGCGCUAGCCCCUCUUGCGUCUCUCAGGAAAGAAGCGACCAAGGAUCGUCUUCCGAGAAGCACCAUACAGAUGACAAUUUGAAUUUCGACAAGCUACAAAUGCGUGAAAGCGCAUCUUCUAGUUUCUCACACCACCACUCACCUGGAGAGCACAAACAGUUUGAUUAUUCCUCUCUGGAGGGUAGUACGCCCGAAAAUGCGACUCGUCAGGAUCUCACAGGCGCCGGUCAGAGCGCCGCUUUGAUGGAUCUCGACAUAGUUAGGGAGCUGCAAGCUUUCGUAGACAGUGAACUUUUCAAGCAGAUUUUCGAGAUACCCUCAAUGCACGAGUACCUUUCCUCGGGUGCUGAAGAGUUUUAUGCCCCCAAUCGGUACGAGGAAUCGUGCUGUGAGGGGACGCAGAUCACGUCAGCCACCACUGGGGUCUCGAACGUGUCGAACACUGCUGGCGUUGCGCAGCAUCCUGCAGGUGACAGCAGUCGUGCUGUCGAGGGUCAAAGUCUCGACGACGACCCCAUGGAAGGAUCAUCAUGGCACUGGCCUGACGGCCGCGACAGUGUUCAGCCCGAUGGAGCUCCUAGCACCCGGCCUUCUGCCGGUGGGCGAGAGGAGAUGGCGGUUUGCAGCCAGGAGAAAACCGAUUCUUUUCCCGACGGCGACGGGGAGAGAGCGCGCGCGACUUCCGCAGCAGACGUGCUUCGCAGUCUUCCGUAG